CGCGCAUCUAGAGCCUGCAGAUCUGCGGAUGCGGCUCUGCGCGGGCUCUGGGGCUGUUUCAAUUGAGUGGCCAGGAAGGAUAUGGGCAUCAGGAGAUUAAAUCGAUGGUGUGUAAAUGUCCGGAUCUGUGCCCUAGCUCUCCGUGCAGUGCUUCCUGCGGGACUGCAUCCUGGGAAAGGGAUCUUCUGGAAAUUUCCCUGGAAACCAGCUGACAUUAUUAAGCCGAGAGCCCCCGGGCCUUUCCAGGUUUCCAGGCAAGUCGAUUUUGAGACAACAUGUCGGCUUUAGUGAACGAAAGCCUUCAGCUUCAGCUGCUGGAGAUGGAAAUGCUGUUUUCUAUGUUUCCUAACCAAGGAGAAGUAAAACUUGAAGAUGUAAAUGCCCCGAGGAAUAUAAAGAGAUAUUUGGAAGGCACAAGGGAGGCGCUGCCACCAAAUAUUGAAUUUGUGAUUACGCUUCAGAUUGAGGAGCCCAAGGUGACAGUUGACUUACAAGUAACCAUGCCUCACAGCUACCCCUAUGUAGCAUUGCAGCUAUUUGCCCGGUCACCUGAGCUUGAUAGACAACAGCAGCUACUUCUCAACAACAGUCUCACUUCUUAUAUAGGGACUUUUGAUCCAGGUGAGCUCUGUGUAUGUGCAGCAAUUCAGUGGCUCCAGGACAAUAGUGCAUCCUAUUUCCUAAACAGAAAGCUUGAGCAUGAACCAUCUGCACACGCAAAGCCAGUCAAGAACACAUUCCUCCGAAUGUGGAUCUACAGUCACCAUAUCUAUCAGCAAGACCUAAGGAAAAAGAUUUUGGAAGUGGGGAAAAGGUUAGAUGUGACUGGAUUUUGCAUGACAGGAAAACCUGGUAUAAUCUGUGUAGAGGGUUUCAAGGAGCACUGUGAGGAGUUCUGGCACACAAUUCGGUACCCCAACUGGAAGCACAUUUCCUGUAAGCACACAGAGAGCAUGGAGACGGAAGGAAAUGGCAAGGACUUGCGCCUUUUCCAUUCUUUUGAAGAAUUACUCCUUGAGGCCCAUGGUGACUAUGGAUUAAGGAAUGAUUAUCACAUGAAUCUGGGUCAAUUCUUAGAAUUUCUCAAAAAGCACAAAAGUGAGCAUGUUUUUCAGAUAUUAUUUGGUAUUGAAAGCAAAAGUUCAGACUCCUAGGACGUUAUUGAGGCCUGUGCUUAUAAUUUCCCUAAGUCAGUUAGGGAAAUCUAUUAUCUAUUAAUAAGACCAAAAUAAAAAGGCCGGUGGCUAUGUAGCAUCUUCAGUGAGAACUCUAGCUCCAGAAUUUUCAACUGGUGAUGAAACAAAUAGGCCUUGUAACUUUAUAAUAGUGCAAUUGUGAUGUUACCUGUAGGUUCCUGUGUUGUCUUUUGAAAACUAUUUCAUUGUAAUAAAAACAGUCCAUUUAA